AUCCUGGGAUAAAACCGCAUCUUGGUCAUGCGGUUCCAGGUCUUACCUAUAUAAAACACAUGGCCGAGGUGCGAUUUUGGCCUGACCUAGCAAAACCGCACUUUGGAGAUGCGGUUUGCUUCUCCAAAACAAAACCGCACCCCCCAGUGCGGGUUGUGUGUCAAUUAUUUUCCGACACCCGACAUAUAGCCAUGCAGAAUAAUAGACGUGGGGCUGCAUGGCAGACGAAAAUCGUAUCUCUAAGGUGCGGUUUUCAUAAGUGAUUUUGGCAAAUAAAAGACUGCACGGAAAACCUCUUCUCUUCAUACCUCUCCUUCUCCCUUUUCAAUUUUCUGUUCUAGCUCUAUAUUUCUUUAGUGUUUUUGCGAUUAACAUUCAUUCGUAAGUUUAUUUUGUAUUACUUUUUAUUAUUAUUUGUGAUUUUUUAUUUUUAUGAUAUUAACUAAACUACGGUUUUUUUGCAGAUGGCAUUCCAAAAGUUCACGCUUGGCUUACGGUGGAAUGGUUACACGAAAGAUACUAGAAAGGGGGUCACCUACGUCGGUGGCAAUUUUCAGAAAAUAAAGGUCGCUACCAGACCGCUGCUUGAAGACCUCCAUCAAAUGUGCACUAACGCUACUUGCAUGGAUGGCACGAGAAGAGUUGAUCGUAUGGUGUACCGAUAUCGAAACAGAGAAAGUGGGUCAUUGUGGCAUGAGGAAUAUCCAAUAACCACUUAGAAUGAAGUAGAUUCCAUGCUCGAAUUCUUGAGGUCCAACAAUCUUUACAAAGUCGAGAUGUUCGUUUACACCGAGGCGGCCAUUGGCGUUGAAGGUAAUUCUGGACACGGUCAAACAUCUGGUAUCCAUGGUGGAGGUGAAUUAUAUGGCGAUCAUCCCUACCAAAGUCACCAUGAUCCUCAUUCCUAUUUUCAGUACCAAGAGCAAGGUGAAGGUCAUCAUCAAUCUUUCCCGUCAUAUGAAGAAGAAGUUCAACCGAACCUCCCCAACCAACCUCAGUACAACUUCCAAUCAGGCAGCGGUAGUUUUCACAACUACCAUUAUGGAGCUGAUGAAGGUGCCUUUCAUGAGCUGGAUCAAAUGGAAGCUGCCCUGCCAGCACUAGUUAGUGACCCCUCCGAUAAAGAAGGAGAGAACAACGUCAGUGCAGACAGUUCCGACCCUCUUGAAGGUGCUGAUGAUUCAGGACCAAAGUCAGACUCAGAUAAUGAUGAUGAGGUGGCUCGUGACAGUGUACAAGUCCCCUACUAUAAUCACAUUCCAUACGACAAUUGGAUGGUCGACAGCGACAUGGAGCCGCCAGAGGUCCCAGUAUGGGGUCCACUCACUGGGUUUAUGAAGGGCCAACAAUUUGGCUUGAAGAAGGAGGUGCGUCAUGCCAUUGAGACUGAAGCAAUGACUCGGCAUUUUGAAUGGCACACAACUCAUUCCAACACUUAAAGGCUCUUAGUCAGAUGCCGUAAUCAUCACGAGGGGUGCAAUGUUAGGAUUCGGGCCAUCAAUAGCAAGAGACACGACCACUGGGUCAUAUCUCGUGCGGUGAACACACACACAUGUGUGUCAUCCAUAACUUCCCAAGGCCAUCGACAGUUGAAAUCCAGGGUGGUUGUUGCGGCUAUCAAGCAUCUAAUUGAGCAAGAUCCAGACCUGAAGGUGAAAGUCAUAAUCGCUGACAUUUCAAGUCGUUAUGUUUAUAUGAUUAACUAUAAGAAGGCGUGGCAUGGAAAGCAGAAAGCUCUGGACGCCGUCUUUGGUGAUUGGGAAGAAUCAUAUGCAUUCCUUCCCAGGUUAAUUUUGGCAUUGUAGGCGUCUAACCCUGGUACUGUUUUCUCCCCUCGAUACCAAGAUGAAGAGAUUCAACCCCUAGAGCCAGGUAACAAACGCCAUUUCAGACGACUUUUUUGGGCAUUCAAGCCAUCUAUUGAUGGUUUUGGCUUAUGUGUCCCUGUGAUCCAACUGGAUGGUACAUUCCUUAUCGGCAAGUACAAGGGCACUCUCCUGAUUUCCAGUGGGGCGGAUGCAAACAGAAAGUCUUUCCUUUAGCCUUCGCCAUCGUUGAGGAAGAGAAUGCUAAUAGCUAUGGAUGGUUUUUCCGGCAUAUUCAGCUCCACGUCACUAGGAGGUCAACCUGACAAUAAUCUGAUCGGCACGCCGGCAUUAGAUCUGCCAUCUUAUGUUCACCUCCAGCCUGGAAGUGGUCCCACAGGUGGUGCAUACUACACUUCCAGAGCAACUGGAACCAUCAUUUCAAGCGGAAGAAGCUUGCUGAUAAUUUGUGGUGGAUUGGUAAGCUUUCUAGACGCCAUUUAAUUAUGUCAGCUAACAAUAUCUUGUAAUCAGGAGAGUGGUGCACUUGUUAGACUCUUUAUAAAGAGAUUCAUGCCUAAGGAAAUGGGGUUUUAAGCAAUUAUCAUGGUCCUCCCAUUUCCUGGGAAAAUCGUCUUUUAAGUGAUCUUCGGAUCCCCCCUUUUUCCGUCAAACAUGUUGUGUUUCUAAGGAGAUCUAUACCUCUCCUAAGAGUCUAACGAGAGUGCCUCCGGGUUGGUCGAAUUGUACUAAACUGCCGAAAAUUGACUAACAAUAUACUUUUUUGUGUGUUCCUCAGCGGUUGCCUACCAAGAGAAAAAAUUUCAGGAGAAGUUGCAGAAGAUGCGCGAGUUAUUCCCUGAACGGGCACAGUGGCUGGAUGGACACGACCUCACCAUGUGGACAUUUCAUAAAUAUGGAGGGACAAGAUGGGGUAUUGCCACAACGAACUCAAGUGGGAGUAUCAACUCUAUCUACAAGGUUGUUCGUUAACUGCCUAUCUCUACCAUUGUGGAGAUGACUUUUUGGGAAACGAAUGCAUGGUUCGUCAACCGACUCCACUGGGCAAUGACGAACAAGGCACAUGGAAAGGUCCAUGCCUAUAAAGUCACCGAAGUAAUGGAGAAUGACAAUCGCAAGAGCAGACGACAUAGUGUAACCAUUAUGAAUCGGGCAAAUGGCGAGUAUAGCGUGACGACCGGUCAUCGGGAGGAUGGCAGACGGGGGAGCCACCGCCAUGAAGUUUUGGUCAAUGUCAGGACAAAAGUUGGUGAGUGCUCAUGCCAGAAGUAUCAGGGGAGAGGGUGGCCUUGUUCUCAUGCAAUGGCCGUAAUUAAAAACAGGACAAAGA